AUGGCUAAACUACCACCAUCCAGACCAGAUCUGCUUGCUCAUUACAUGUCCCUUGACCAGGGCGACAGCAUCCAAGCUGAGUAUAUCUGGAUCGAUGGCGACGGCGAGCUCCGUAGCAAAACCACGACUGUAAACCACAAGGUCGAAUCGAUACAAGAGCUCAAGGAAUGGAACUUUGACGGAUCCAGUACAAAUCAAGCCCCUGGACACGACAGCGACAUCUACCUCCGCCCAGCCGCUUUCUUCAGGGAUCCUUUCCGCAAGGGCAACAACAUCCUUGUUAUCGCUGAGUGCUACAACAGCGACGGUACCCCUAACAAGACCAACUACCGUCAUUACGCCAAGAAAGCCAUGGACCUUGCCAAGGACGAGGAUCCUUGGUUCGGUAUCGAACAAGAGUACACUCUUUUUGACGCUGAUGGCUCCCCUUACGGCUGGCCUAAAGGCGGUUUCCCUGCCCCACAAGGUCCUUACUACUGUGGUGUCGGUGCCGGCAAGGUCUUUGCCCGUGACUUGAUCGAGUCCCACUACCGUGCAUGUCUCUACGCUGGUGUAAAUAUCUCCGGAAUCAACGCUGAGGUUAUGCCUUCUCAAUGGGAGUACCAGGUUGGUCCUUGCGCCGGUAUCGACAUGGGUGAUCACCUCACCCUUGCCCGUUUCCUUCUUGCAAGGAUCGCUGAGGACUUUGGUAUCGUCGUCAGUCUCCAUCCUAAGCCAUUCGCUACUGGUGAGUGGAACGGCGCUGGUGCCCACACCAACUUGAGUACUACCUCUACCCGUACCCCUGGCAAGGGUAUGAAGGCCAUUGAGGAUAUGAUCAUGAAGCUCGAGAAGAAACAUGCCGAGCACAUUGCUGCUUACGGUGAUGACAAUGAAUUACGUCUUACCGGAAAGCACGAAACCGGAAAUAUCGCAGACUUCUCUUCUGGCGUUGCCAACAGAGGCUGCUCGAUUAGAGUACCACGUCAUGUUGCUGAGCAAGGCUACGGUUACUUUGAAGAUCGUCGUCCAGCUUCCAACAUCGAUCCAUACCGUGUCACAGGUCUCUGUGUCAACACUAUGCUCUUGGAUUAG